AUGCCAACUCCUGUUCCAUCAACGCUGUCACAGACCACAGUGCCUGCCAGCUCCUGCUCCACCAAUGCUGCUGCUUACCGCAGUGGUUGCCCACUCCUGCUCCACCAAUGCUGCCACAGACUGCAGUGCCUACCAAAUCCUGCUCAAACACUGCUGCAGACCACAGUGCCUGCCAAUUCCUGCUCCACCAACACUGCUGCAGACCGCAGUGCCUGCCAACUCCUACUCCAUAAAUGCUGCCGCAGACCGCAGUGCCUGCCAACUCCUGCUUCACCAACACUGCUACAGACCGGAGUGCCUGCCAACUCCUCCACCAAUGCUGCCAACUCCUGCUUCAUCAACGCUGCCGCAGACCACGGUGACUGCCAACUCCUGCUUCACCAAAGCUGCCAACUCCUGCUCCACCAAUGCUUCUGCAGAUCGCAGUGCCUGCCAACUCCUGCUCCACCAACGCCGCCACAGAACACAGUGCCUGCCUACUCCUGCUCCACCAACGCUGCUGCAGACCACAGUGUCUGCCAACUCCUGCUUCACAAAUGCUAUAGCAGACUGCAGUGCCUACCAACUCCUGUUCCACCAAAGCUGCUGCAGUGCCUGCCAACUCCUGCUCCACCAAUGCUGCCGCAGUGCCUGCCAACUCCUGCUCCACCAAUACUGCCGCAGACCACAGUGCCUACCAAUUCUGCUCCACCAACACUGCCGCAGACCGAAGUGCCUGUCAACAAUACUGACACAAACCCCAGCACCUGCCAACUCAAGCUCCACCAACGCUGCCUAAAACCGCAGUGCCUGCCAACUCCUGCUUGA